CAGACUUGAACUGAACAGACCCACCUCCACCUCCACAUCCAACAUCCACAUUCAACCCGGAAACCAACAUACAUGCAUCCAUCUUCUUUAACUUCUACUUCUCGAUUUCUCUUUUUGUCCACAUCAACUUGUGAACACGCUCAUCGGAUAUACCCAUAGACCCUACGCAUUUACAGCCUUUAUUCGGGUUUCGCGACCAAAGUUUUGCAAUCUCGUACUUAUUCGGACCACAGAACAGUUAUCCAUCUCAAUCAGUCAUCAUGGUUGAAUCCGAAGCCCCCCCUGCUGCCAACUACAUCCGACUUCAGUCGAAUGACAACGUUAAGAUCGAUGUUGAGAAGGCCGUUGCCGAGCGAUCGCUCCUGAUCAAGAACAUGCUUGAGGAUCUUGGUCCCAAUGCUGAGGGCCAGACCAUUCCUAUCCCCAACGUGACGGAGCCUGUUCUUCGCAAGGUCAUCGAGUGGUGUGAGCACCACCGCCACGACCCUCCUGCUACAAACGAGGACGAGUCGGACAACCGAAAGAAGACCACCGACAUUGAUGAGUGGGACCAGAAAUUUAUGCAAGUCGACCAGGAGAUGCUCUUCGAGAUCAUCCUUGCCUCCAACUAUCUGGACAUCAAGGCGCUAUUGGAUGUCGGAUGCAAGACCGUUGCCAACAUGAUCAAGGGCAAGUCCCCCGAAGAAAUCCGCAAGACCUUCAACAUCACGAACGACUUCACACCCGAGGAGGAGGAGCAGAUUCGUCGUGAGAACGAGUGGGCUGAAGAUCGAUAAAUUCUCAAUACCCGCCUAUCUGGUUGUUUCGUCGUCUUUUGAGUCUUCAUGUCUAUUAGGUCUCAUCAGGUGAUUUGGCCAAUUUAAUAAUAAACAAAAGACACCAACCGGAUAAUGGGGUUCCUUGUUUGCAGCUCGUGGCAAAAAAACCAUAGACAUGGAUAGCUAGCCAGUUGUGUGUGGCAUUGACAGGGAGACGAGUGUAUUUGGACUUUUCAGAUGAACCACCUCCACCUUCGCUCUCUUAGCCAGUAUAGAUACUGGAUCGUAUCAGCAAUACUCCAUGGUUAGAGAGCACGCAUAUUUGUUUUUAGGAGUUCUGAAUUAGCAUAAUGACAUUUGUGGAUUACUGAA